AUGUCCACCUCCUUGAGAGUCAGCCCCUCUGUACAUGGCUACCGCUUCGAUACUGCCAACCGCAAGAAAGCCACGGGCAACAUCUUCGAAGGGGUGGACCAGGACUCCCUGCAAAAGCUAUUCAAAAAGACCGGUGACAAAAAGGCAGAGGACAGGGCAAGGAUCAUUUUCUGCAUUGAUCAGGACAAUGAGGAGAAAGCUAGGGCACUGCUGGCCCUCAAGCAGAGGACCAGGGACAAGAUCCUUCAGUUCCUAAAGCUCAGGAAGCUGCCUAUCAAAGUCAUUGUCUGA